UUGUGACAAGUACUGUCACAGUGACUGGGGACACUCUACCGGGUUCUCUUGGGACAAGUAUGUCAGUUUCACCAGAAAUCCCACUGUCAAAGUCAACUUCUGUUGCCUCUGUGCCCCCUAGUGCUUCUCCUACAAGUCCCGAUCACUCCCUCUCUACUUUUCAUACGCAGAGUCCAUCACCACACUUCAGUCCUAGCUUGUCAGUGUCCCAUGUCCCCAGUACAAGCACUGCUCCAUCCACUCUUAAGACUCUUGUGUCCACCCCGACUUCACUAACUACGCUUACUUCAUCACGUGAACCUAGAACAGAUUCCCUCCCCUGGGGAAGUACUUCUACAAAUGCAGUGGUGACUGCUUUAGCUACCUUGAUCUCUUCGACACCCACAGUAAUAAUGUCUGCUUCUCCAUCUCCCCCUGUGAUGAGUCCAGUGCUCACAACUACUACCAGCCCUCCUUCUCCCUUCUCCCUGAGCUCCAGUACAGAAGCUACACUCUCUUCUGUAGUGACAUCCUUUCCUCCGUCUUCAACCACCAGAACUUCCCCAACCACUUUACCGCUGACCACAGCUCAUACCAAAUCAACCCCUUUCUCUUAUAUCUCUCUUCCUUCUACUACACCCUGUCCAGAAACCAUCACCGUCACCAUAGUCCCCAGCUCUCCCCUGACUCCGUGUGUUGACAUUAAUCCCAGUACUGGAGCGACAUCUGCUCCCAUCACCCCAUUCUCCGUCAUUCCCUCUACCACCAACAUGGUUACCUCUUCUGGUUCUGUCAGUGAAAGAACAUUUCUCCCUACACAUUUGGAUACCUCUUCCAUGACACCAGAAACAGAGCCCUCAGACACAGUCACUGAGGCUCCAAGCUCAACGGACACUAGGACUGUAGUAACAGACACAGUCUUCAGGAGCACCUCAAUGUCCACCAGGGACAAUCGGUUGAGUGCCACCUCUAUCACCACCCCAACUAUGCCUGGCUCCAUCAGGGUCUCCUCAACCCUGAAACCAAGCAACAGCUUUCCAACUACUACAACUUCAAGCAAGGUGAUAUACCCUAUUUUGUCAACCACAAAGACACCAGAGACGUCGGUGGCCACCAUGAAGUCUCCUCCCACCACACCACAAUCAAUAUCAACUUCAACCUCUACUCAGAUGACUACACCAGCGAGCUUGCCCACGACCCCAGGCAUUUGUGACAAUGGUGGCACCUGGGAGCAGGGCGGGUGCAUUUGCCCUCCUGGUUUCUCUGGAGACCACUGUCAAGAUCUGGAUGACAGAUGCCAGAAUGGGGGUUCAUGGAGCGGCAUCAGUUGUGUCUGCCCCAGCACCUUCCAUGGGUCUUUCUGUGAGUUUCCAGUGGAACAGUUAGACAUAGACACAGUGGAGACUGAAGUGGGCAUGGAGGUAUCUGUGGAGCAGGAAUUCUCUCCGGACCUCGAAGACAACACUUCCAAGGCCUACAGAGACUUCAGCAGUGCCUUCCAGGGUCAGAUGCGGAAGGUUUACCAGACAGUUCAAGGCUUCCAGGAUGUGGAAAUCCUGUCCUUGAGGAGGGGCAGCAUUGUGGUAGACUACCGGGUCCUGCUCAGGCUGUCCUUCAGCCCUCAGCUGAAGAGCGUCUUUGAGAAGGUGAAGACGGAGCUGAAGGAGGAGCUGCAGAGAGCCAGCCAAGAUGGUGACAGCUGUCAGGACAACCAGACACUGUGUUUUAAGUCUGACUCCAUCAAGGUGAAUACUCACACUGAGAAAGAGCUGUCUCCAGAAGCCAUCUGUCACCGCACUGCCCCCAAGGGCUUUGAGGAACACUACUUUCCUUUGGUGGAGCCGAGCAGGCUCCGCUGCGUCACUAACUGCACGCCUGGAGUGAGUGGCACCAUCGACUGCAACCAGGGGCAGUGUUUUCUGCAGAAGAGCGGUCCAACAUGUCGCUGCUUUUCCACAGACACACACUGGGUCUCAGGCCCACGCUGUGAGGUGGCAGUUGACUGGAGGGGGUUGGUUGGAGGCCUGGUGGGGGCCGCCACCGUGCUGCUGCUGUUACUGGUGGCCUUAAGUGUCUGGGUGGCACGUUCCCGUUCCCGGGGAAGACACAAGGACCGCCAGCCCUCAGGCAGGUCCUGGACCCAGAACAGGAAAUGGUUUGAGAUCUGGGAUGAAGACAUCGCAGGGACUUUUUCCAACAGGGGCUUCCAGGAUGCCCCGACAGCCACUAAUGAAAACUUCUAUGUUGCCUUGGAGAAGGUGGAUACCAACAUGAAGGUUCACAUCCAAAGACCUGAGGUCCUCAUACAGCCAGGGUAUCAUGGGAUCCCCAGUCAAUGCUUCCUGAGUCCCUACUUCUCCAUCCUGAGGCUCCAACAUCAUCUUUCCACCCUUGCCGAGUGCGAAUCCCAGGCAGGGAUUGGAUAUGGGUUUGUCUGA